UGACGUUUGUGUGGUGGCUAUUGGCUGACGGGCUGUUUUGCUUUUUUCUUUUAGUCAGUUUUGUGUCUGAUUUGUCAAGACGGCGACAAUUUUCCGCAGUUCAAAUGUUAUUAGACGUGCAAAAUAUAACGUGAAUUUUUUGUCGUCGUUGUCAAACCUUCAGUUGAUCGAUAAAAUGAGUGGUGAACGUAAAUCGAAAGAUAAACCCUCAUCGUCAAGUGAGCAUGAUCGGCAGGAUGACUCGGACAGAAGUUCCGAAAAUGAAAUGGGAUUCACCCUGGAAUCAGUACGAAAUUACCUAGAAAAGAAACUUGGGUUUUAUAAGGAGAGCGAGGGAAAAUCUAGCCAAAGCGAUGAUAACGAAAAGGUAAUCGAAGAUCUUACAUUUGAAGGUGUAGCAAAUCAUUGGAAGAAAAAUGGAUUCAAGAAGAUUGUCACCAUGGUAGGGGCUGGUAUAUCAACCUCUGCUGGUAUACCUGAUUUUCGUUCACCCGGCACGGGAUUAUACCAUAAUCUAGAAAAGUACAAUCUACCACAUCCAACAGCAAUAUUUGAAAUGGAUUACUUCCAGGACAACCCAAAACCGUUUUUCGUCCUCGCAAAAGAGCUAUAUCCCGGCACUUUCAAACCUACUCCUUGUCAUUAUUUUAUCCGCUUACUUCAAGAUAAAGGCCUCCUAGUACGACACUACACCCAAAAUAUCGACACUCUCGAACGAAUCGCUGGUGUCAAAGACGAGAAGUUGGUUGAGGCUCACGGAACCUUUUAUACAAAUCAUUGCCUUGAGUGUCGGGCGGAAUACUCCAUGGAAUGGAUGAAAGAACAAAUAUUUGCCGACGAGAUUCCAACGUGCACGAGAUGUCCGGGCGUAGUAAAACCGGAUAUUGUAUUUUUCGGAGAAAAUCUGCCAAAUAAAUUCUACGAAUAUCCUUCACGGGAUUUCAAAGACUGUGAUCUACUAAUUAUAAUGGGAACUUCAUUGGAGGUUCAACCGUUUGCAUCUCUCGUAGAACGUGCCAAUAGUAGAUGUAUUCGAUUGUUGAUCAAUCGUGAGAAAGUAGGCAGUAGGCAUGAUGUUUUGAGCUCAUGGUUGCUGUUCAGUAAGGGGUUACUAUACGAUGAUGGUGAGAAUAAACGCGAUGUGGCGUGGAUUGGAGAUUGCGAUGAUGGAGUUUAUGCUUUGGCCGAAGCAAUUGGUUGGGGCGAUGAACUAAAGGAAUUGGUAGCUAAAGAGCAUGCACGUAUUGAUAAGAUGUCGAAAGGUCAUGAAGAGGUUUCGGAUGAGGAGGUAGAUCAGCUUGCAGAGCAAUUAGGAAAGCUGGGGAAAACGGAAGAGGAAGUUUCUAGAGAGAUAGAUAUACAAAGUGCUAGUUCCGGAGCGAAAAGUCUGAAGAAUGCAGAUGACAAGUCCAAAUAAUGGGUGAACAGAAA